AUGAGCAUCGACAACAGGAAACACACGUCGUUGACCUUUGACCUCUGCAGUAUUAACUCCGGGGGCGUUUGUGAAUCCUCCUCCACCUUCUCCCUGUCCGACCCUGAUCUGAGCGUCGCCUCGCCAUUCGCCACGUGUGACUCUCUGGAUGGGUUUGUAUUUGCACUAAACAAGGAGGGACGGUUCCUCUACAUCUCUGAGACUGUGUCCAUCUACCUGGGGCUGUCACAGGUGGAGCUAACGGGCAGCAGCGUCUUCGACUACAUCCACCCUGGAGACCACGUGGAGAUGGCGGAGCAGCUGGGGAUGAAGCUUCCACCGGGUCGAGGGAUGUCACUGUCACAGGGAACCGUCAACGAGGACGGGGCGUCGUCGGCCUCGUCGUCCUCGCACUCGGAAACGCCCGAACCAGUGGAGUCCAGUAGUCCCAGUCUUCUGUCUCCGGAUAAUUCUCUGGAACGAUCCUUCUUCAUCCGGAUGAAGUCGACAUUAACGAAGCGAGGCGUCCACAUCAAGUCCUCAGGAUAUAAGGUGAUACACAUCACGGGCCGGCUCCGGAUCCGGAUGGCGCUGACCCACAGCCGCUCGGUUCCAAACCAGAUCAUGGGGAUGGUGGUGGUGGCCCACGCCCUGCCCCCACCCACCAUCAACGAGGUCCGCAUCGACUGUCAGAUGUUCGUCACCAGAGUCAACAUGGACCUGAAGAUCGUCUACUGUGAGAACAGGAUCAACGACUACAUGGAUCUGACUCCGGUCGACAUCGUGGGGAAGAGGUGUUACCAGUUUAUUCACGCCGAAGACGUGGAGGGAAUCCGACAGAGUCACCUGUACUGUGAGUAUCGCUUCUCUGAUUGGACC